AACCCCUGCCCUGACCAGACCAGACCAACAGGCUGAAGUGCAUCUUGUGGGGCCGGUUGAUCAUGUGUGCAUGCCAUAUUAUGUAGGUGUGCAUUUUCGACAUCUAUGAUAAUGGGGAAAAUGGGGGACGAGGGAACGAUUUCAUUAGGAGUACACAGAUAAAUCGGUGGGUGCACAGACAACUAUAUUCUGUUAACGAAAUAUGCAAUACUCUAGGUUCACCAAGAGGUCAUUUGACAUAUUUUUAGCUGGUCAAAACAAAAUACUUGUUUUUGUAAUUCACCUAACCUAACCACCGAGCUAGUUGACCACGUAAACUCAAUGGACCGACAAAGGUUAGACUUUGUGGUCACAUGACUAGACUUGUGUAGGAUCGGGAAUGAAUUGAAGUGAAACAAGCUUGAGAGGGAGGGAGAGAGCGAGCGCAGAGUGCAACUCCUGAGGGCGGAGGUUGUGGUGAGCUAAUACUAGAAACCACCGCCUGUUCUUCAAAUUGCACUGAAACAACUCUCAACAAAACCUGUACGUUUUAUACAAUUGAAUACAAAAAAAACAAAACAAAAAACACUGAAAUGAAAGGUCUGGGGUUUCCAGGGUGACCCCUGGCUUGGUCGCGGGAGUUCGACUUUCUUUCAGUCAUACAGUAAAAACAAGAAAAGCCGGCGAGAAGUUGUUGCUCCAGUACUUUUUUUUUUUUUUUUUUUUUUUAAAUACUCACCUCCCCUUCCCUGAAGAGUUUGAUUCAAAGUUGAGAGCCAAGAUGGCGGCCGAUUCUGUGCAGGGUGAUGUGAGAAGUCACCUGGUCUCUGAGCGGCUUGGCCUAGGCCACAACCUGGACCUGUCUGACACGAUGGUGCAACAGAAACUUGACGAAAUCAAGGACCAGAUCAAGAGGGAGAUCCGCAAGGAACUUAAAAUUAAAGAGGGGGCGGAGAACCUCAGAAAAGUUACAACUGACAAGAAGAGUUUGGCCUAUGUGGACAACAUGUUGAAAAAGUCAAAUAAAAAGGUGGAGGAGCUGCAUCAGGAGCUGCAGGAAUUAAAUGCACACAUUGUAGUGAAGGAUCCAGAAGAUCUAUUAGAUUGCCCUAGAACGCCAGACACCCCCAAUAGUACCUCCACAAACAGCAGACUAGCAGCUUUGAAGAAGCAGCAUGAUAUUGAACUAAAAGUGAAACAGGGAGCAGAGAACAUGAUCCAAAUGUAUUCUAAUGGCUCUUCAAAGGAUCGUAAACUGCUUGGAACUGCACAACAAAUGCUUCAAGACAGCAAGACAAAAAUGGAAGUCAUCAGGAUGCAGAUUCUGAAAGCAAUCCAGACUAGUGAAAUGGCCUUUGAUAGUACGGAAGGUAUUGUUUCCACAGCCAAACCUGUGAUCAGCCCGCUUGAGUUGCGGAUAGAGGAACUGAGACACCACUUCCGGAUAGAAUACGCAGUAGCAGAAGGAGCCAAGAAUGUCAUCAAGCUGCUUGGAUCUGGAAAAGUCACUGACAAGAAAGCACUUUCUGAAGCUCAAGCCAGAUUUAAUGAGUCAAGCCAGAAAUUAGACCUUUUAAAAUAUUCAUUGGAGCAAAGGUUGAAUGAGCUUCCCAAGAACCAUCCGAGUAGCAGUAUUAUAAUAGAAGAACUGUCUUUGGUAGCAUCUCCAAUAUUAAGCCCUCGAAACAGUAUAAUUUCUACACAAAAUCAAUACAGCACAGUCGCCAAACCGGCCGCAUUAACAGGUACCCUAGACGUCAGACUAAUGGGCUGCCAAGACCUUUUGGAGAAUGUACCCGGCCGAUUAAAAACUACAUCUGUUCCUCUACCGGGUUGGAGCCCAAGUGAAGCCAGGUCUUCCUUUAUGAGCAGAACUACCAAAAAUAGGAGUGGAAGCAGUCGAAACCUUUCGAAAACAGAUGACUUGUCCAAUGAGAUCAGUGCUGUAUUGAAGUUGGACAACACAGUUGUUGGGCAGACUGGCUGGAAACCUAUUUCUAAUCAAUCGUGGGAUCAGAAGUUUACACUGGAGCUGGAUCGGUCGCGUGAAUUAGAAAUGUCUGUGUAUUGGCGAGACUGGCGCUCACUUUGCGCUGUCAAGUUUUUGCGGUUGGAGGAUUUCCUUGACAAUCAGCGGCAUGGGAUGGUUCUGUACCUCGAACCUCAGGGUACACUCUUUGCAGAGGUUACAUUUUUUAACCCUGUUAUUGAAAGGAGACCAAAACUUCAAAGACAGAAAAAGAUAUUUUCAAAGCAACAAGGCAAAACAUUUUUGCGAGCCCCUCAAAUGAAUAUUAAUAUUGCAACAUGGGGAAGACUGGUGAGGAGAGCAAUCCCCUCAAUAAAUAACUCUGGCACAUUUAGCCCUCAAGUUCAAGUGCCUGCAGCAGUGCCAGGGGAUACACUAAUCCCAGAAUCCCCUUCGUCACCGAGUGACUCAACAGUGACAAAAUUAGAAUUUGAACAGGAGCCCCCUCCAACUCCUAAGAGACAUUCCUCUGUGGUUGAGAUUAGAGAGUCCAUGCCAGAAAUUAAGAUUGCAGACUGCAUGCAGAUACAGGAUGCAUUAGCAACAUUUGAUUUCCUGAAUGACAGAAAUAGCAUUGUACCCAGACCAGAGACACAAGUUAUUGCUGAGAAUGAAGUUAAGCAGCCAGAUUUGGAGUUAAUGACCGUUCCAGAACCUACAGAUAGCAGGGUGCAGCAAAGAUUUCAGUUCGGCCUCAGUGAUUUCCAUUGUGUUGCAGUGCUGGGCCGUGGGCAUUUUGGAAAGGUGCUACUUUCCGAAUACAAAAACACAGGAGAAAUGUUUGCCAUCAAAGCCUUAAAGAAAGGAGACAUUGUAGCACGUGAAGAGGUAGACAGCCUUAUGUGUGAAAAGAGAAUCUUCGAAACUGUGAACUGUGUCCGGCAUCCGUUUUUGGUGAACCUUUUUGCCUGUUUCCAAACCAAAGAUCAUGUAUGUUUUGUCAUGGAAUAUGCUGCUGGAGGAGAUCUUAUGAUGCACAUUCAUGCAGAUGUGUUUUGUGAACCUAGGGCUGUGUUUUAUGCUGCUUGUGUUGUCCUUGGUUUGCAGUUUUUGCAUGAACAUAAGAUAGUGUACAGAGAUUUAAAGCUGGAUAACCUGCUGCUUGACACUGAAGGCUAUGUAAAGAUUGCCGACUUCGGCCUUUGCAAAGAAGGUAUGGGAUUUGGAGAUCGUACAAGUACGUUUUGUGGUACUCCGGAGUUUCUUGCUCCAGAAGUAUUAACGGAAACAUCCUACACACGGGCAGUGGAUUGGUGGGGACUUGGUGUACUUAUCUUUGAGAUGUUAGUUGGUGAGUCUCCUUUCCCAGGUGAUGAUGAAGAGGAGGUGUUCGACAGUAUCGUUAAUGACGAAGUCCGCUACCCAAGAUUCCUGUCUACUGAAGCCAUCUCCAUAAUGAGAAGGUUGCUGAGGAGAAAUCCAGAAAGACGUCUUGGAGCAGGGGAAAAGGAUGCUGAAGAAGUGAAAAAGCACCCAUUUUUCCGAAAUGUUGAUUGGAAUGGUCUGUUAUCAAAGAAGGUGAAGCCUCCAUUUGUACCUACAAUUAAAGGCAGUGUGGACGUCAGUAACUUCGAUGAUGAAUUCACCUCGGAAGCGCCCAUUCUGACCCCACCUCGGGAGCCCAGGGUCCUUACAGCGCGCGAGCAAGAAAUGUUCCAAGAUUUUGAUUAUAUAGCGGACUGGUGUUAGACCUCAGACUUUCAACACUGUGAAACGCAAUAGCUGACUGUAGCUCACAACCUCCUCUUCUGAAGAACUGGGGUUCUUCCAGCCAGUUGUGCACAGUGUCAUUUAAGGAUCCUUGACUUUUUAAAGCAAAUGAAGAUUAUCCCCCCCCCCCCCCCCAUAUAUAUAAGACCUGUCAAAAGAAGUGGCCAAUGAACGUUUUGUUUUGUCUGAGCACUGGGAAUCCUUUUUUUUUUUUUUUUUUUUUUAAUUAAGGAUAUCUGUUUGGGGAAACACAAAAUCCACCUUUUGAUUUACUUUGGGAUCAUUACUGUAAAAACAUGCAUUGUCCCCAGGUUUGGAUUUUUAAUUAUUAUUAUUAUUUUAUUUUUAUAUAUAAACUAUUUUGGGCUUAGGUAAAAUUGUAAUGAUCUUAGAAUGUGCCACAUUAGACUUCAGGUGCUUUAGAAUUACCAACAUUGCGACAUGGUCUCACCAAGUAAUAAGGCAAUGACAGUCUUGACUACUUUUUUAACUUCUAUUCAGCCAGAAAUGUGCAUUUUUUUAUUCAAAGACUGAGUAUCAUGAGAAUUGUUUUGUCUUGAUUUUAUCUGGAACACUAAUCUUGGUCCUUGCCUUGUACAUUUUUAUUGUAUUUAUUAUGUUUAACAACUAGAUGCCUUAAUUUUCUGAGACGACAAUAUGUGGGCUUCCAUGCAGCAAAAAACAGGUACUGAACACCUACCAAAGCCACUUGCCAAACAGUUGAUAGUAUAUUGGGCCCAGGUGACACCUUCUAAAAAGAACAAAGGAACAUUACAAAAAAGUCUUGUGUGAUUUAAAUGACGGCCCACAUUUGUCCUACUUGGAGUUUUUCUACAGUCUCCUGUAUUUGUAUUGUCCUUCCAUGUUAUGUACCAAGAUCAGUGAACAAAUACAAGAUUAUAGUUUUAUACUGUAUUUUUAGUACAUCGGUUUAGUGCAUCUUCCAUCUGCUGUAGAUGUUAACCAUUUUUGUAAAGCCUGUAGGGGAUGUAUGACAAUGUAUACAAGCUGUAAUGUGUAAGUUUGGAACUUCUUACUUUAGUUUACAUUCACAGAGUUUUUUUUCUGAAUUAGUGGCCAUCCGAAGGAUUACAUUAAGUUUAUCAGGAAUUUAAUAGCUACAAGGUCAAAAUAAACUUUGAAUUCUCAAAUGGAAUGUAAAAUAAAAAAUUAAUUUAAAAAAGAUAUAUAAUAUUUCACAAAGCAAAGUGUAUAUUUUGGCUUAAAUAUGCCAAAGCAGGCUGUAUCUUGAAAUGCUAAACAUUUCUCUUUUAAAACUCAUGCUUUUUUUUUUUUUUUUACAUUUUAAGGCACCAGUCAGUCCUGUAAUGUACUUAUGUUGGAACAGUUCCUUGGUCUAAAAGAGCAAUACUGCUGAAAACAUGGUUCAAUGUUUGCACUUUUAUUCAGGUAUUACUCGGGUUGGGGCUUGACAGGUUUUUUUUUUUUUUUUUUUUAAUAACUUGAUCAGCAUAAUCUCCAUGUAAUUACAUUUUACACAAUGGUUAUUACAACCUGUAGACCUGUCACUCAAACAGUUUGUAAAAGACUGAGGUAAUGGAGAUAUUGAAGGGAUUAUGUUUGAUUAUAAAUUGAUUUCAAGCCACAUAUCUCAAAUUGCUGAGUACCAAAACAUUUUCUAUUGUAAAUUUUGAGAUCCAGCCUGAUUAUUAGAUUUCAGAUCCAGUGUUUUUGAUUUGGUGGCACCGGUAAAACAAGAAUAAUAUGUUUAUAAACUGAGAAAGUACAAUAACCUUGGCUCAGUAACUAAAGUUGUACAGAAAAUCAUUUUUAAAUAUAAAUCACUAAGGGUAUAAAGGGGGCAGGGUAUAUGUACACAGGAGCUCAAAGCACUAAUUGUAUCUAUGUAGUUUUAAAUGUAUCAACUUUUUAGCCUAUAAAAAGAUAAUAGAUUGUAAAUACAUUUUCUAUAUACAUUUUAAAAGUGGCUGCUUGAGCACUUUUGUGAGAAGUGAUGCUUUAAAAUGGUACACUACAUUUAAGUUAAAUGUGUGCUGAUAAGGUUAUGACCAAGAAAAUCAUGAGUGUUUUGCAGUCGUUAUGCAUAUCAUGAAUGCACAAAUUAAAAGAUAUUUGUAAUAGAA